UAAUCCCGGGAUCGGGAUCCCGGGAUCCCGGGAUUGUAUUAAUCCCGAAUCCCGGGAUUAGAAGCAUCGGGAUUUCGGGAUCCCGAUAUUUUCCGUACAGAAACAUCGUUCAUAAAGUGUAGCUGAUAGUAGGUAUGUAAAAAAAGGUAAGUGAGUAACAACGCAUUACAGUGCAGUUUUAUGUCCAAAGAUCUUACUUACGCCGUGCAAAGUCGUUAUGCACAAGUAUUGGUUACAUAUAUACCUAAUUGACAUUGUUUCACACCGUCUCAGCCUCCACAAUGUGGCGAGAGACGAGCUCUCUCUCGGCUCAUCUCUCGCUCCCCGCGACGUCCCUCGCGUACUCGGUUUAACAGAUCAUUUUGCACGAUGACAUACUAUGCCGACUAUCGAAUUCGAGUCCAUCGAGUGGGAGGAGGUCGGCCGUCUUCUCUGUGUGACUGUGGGAGUCCGUCUGGUGGCUCAGUUACUGUCAGUGCCCCGUGGCUGGACGAUCCAUGAGGCUGGCCGGGCGCCCUGGGCAUGGUUACCGUUAGUGAAUAAUUAUUAAUUACGUGCCUUUGUGAUAAGCUAUAGCUAACUUUGCCAAAAUGUCGGAUUUUGCUGAAUUUAAAGGCAGUGCGGUGUGGGAACAUUAUCUAAGAAGUCAAGAUGGCCACACAGCAAAGUGUCGUCUUUGUAAAAAGGUACUGAAAAUAUCUGGAGGUUCCACCAAAGGACUUCACGUCCACCUCAGGAGCAAGCAUGGUGGUAUGAGUGUUGCUGGACCAUCCCGAUCCGGAGAGACGCCGCAAAACGUGUCCGGCGAAGGUCAAGGUGAGAGCGCUAAAACCACGGCACCGCAUCUAAAAGGAAUGAAGACCUUAGAUUGCUACUAUGUUUCCAAAACGGACGACGACCUGGAUGCUAUCCUAGCUAGAAUGUGCGCGAGAGAUGGGAUACCUUUUACAGUUUUCUGUACCUCACCGGACCUACGCGGACUUUUGGCUGCUAAAGGAUAUAAAAACCUUCCAACCCAUCACAACACGAUCCGCCGGCGUGUCCUCAAACACUGUGCUCGCCUGAAGUGUGACGUGAAGGCGAAGCUGGCCGAAGAAUUGUCAAAUGGCAAACGGUUCUCACUUACGAUCGACGAGUAUACGUCCCUGAAAAACCGUCGCUAUAUGAGCGUGACUGUUCACUGCGAAGGUAACAUGUGGGGUCUCGGUGUCGCGCGUUGUCACGGAUCGAUGCCAGCAGAGAAAUGUCUGGAUCUUCUGCAGGGCAAGCUGGCAGAAUUUGGCCUUGAACUCAGUAAGCACGUCACCUGCGUCACAACCGACGGAGCUUCGGUGAUGGUGAAAUUCGGGAAGUCACUGCCAUGUGAGCACCAACUCUGCUUCGCACACGGUGUUCACCUCGCCGUUGUCGACGCUCUGUACUCGGGUGACGCCGGGCAGACCUCUGAACAAGCAGAUGACGACCGUGGUGGUGGUGGACCUAACCAGGUGAACUCGUCAGAUGAAUCCGACGGUGAUGACGAGGAUGAGGACGACAACGUGGAAGAAAACACUACUGGUGCUACUGGUCACCACGAACUACAUAGUUCGCUCUCUCCAGUCGUUAAAAGCAUUAGAAACAUUGUCCGCUGGUUUAGAAAAUCGCCCGUACGAAAUGAAGUCCUUCAGAAAUACGUCAGAGAGGAGCGUGGGCAGGAACUGAUGCUAGUGCUAGACUGUAAAACCCGAUGGAAUAGUUUGUAUGACAUGCUAGAACGAUUUGAUAACCUCAAAGCAGCUGUCCACAAAGCACUCAUUGACAUAGGAGACAAACGUAUGAAAAUGAUCGAUGAUUAUGAAUACGCCGCCAUACCUGCGCUCAUUCGCUGCCUGAGAAUCAUGAAACUCGGAGCAGAAGCGCUAUGCAGGAGAGAAAGUGGACUAUUGGAGGCUGAAGCUGCUCUAAAGUUUAUGUUAAGCGCGCUUGACAAGGAGGACUGCGCGAUUGCAUGUAAACUGUCUGAUGCGUUGAAACAGCGCAUCCGACAGAGACGGUCACGUGCGGCUAAAGUCCUACAAUCGCUCCAUAACAAAAUGCCGGCAGACAGAGACUGGAAAGAUAUUUUUCCUAGUGCCUCUCGCAAGGAAGCACAGGACUUAGUUGUCCACAUGAUGGAAAGAUUGGGAGAACAGAUGCAUGAUACCGAAGUAGGUGUAGAUACAGAAGUGAUGGACGCUGAUGAUCCUGAAUCAGCGCCGUCUCUUCAGUCGAUGCUUCAACAAGCUCUAGAUGAGGUUAGAGCUCCAGAGCAAGGCACCAGUUCAUGCCCGUCUGGGAUUAACUUUUCGCAAUCUUCUCUGAUGAUGACGAAGGCCAUAAGGAAAGAAUUGGAAAAUUUACCUAUCUCAGGAAGGACAGGCAUGGUAGCGCUGUCCUACAACUGGCUGAAGGGCAUAGUUCCUACGAGCGUUGAAUCGGAACGAGUGUUUUCCACUGUCGGGAAUAUCGUUACAAAAGUGCGGUCGAGUCUCGGCGACGAAGUCGUUGAUGCACUUUGCUUCCUCAAGUGCUACUACCGUAACAAGUGAAUGUGACCAGGACAUGCUGCUGGUCAGACGACCACAAUCCGUAGGCACGUCUACUGUAUCCUGACUCGAAAUAUAAACAAGAAAUACAAUGAUCAAUGUCA